AUGAGCCACCAGAGAAUACUUCUGCUGCUUAUGGCUGCCUUCUUCGCUUGGGUUUCUGCGCAAACACCCCCUGGACAAGCCGACAAGUCGAAGCUGAUUGCUCACGAUGUUCUCAUGAAGACCACGUCACUGUCAGAAACCACAAUUGCUACUUCAUCUAAGCGGUUCUUGAGGCUCUACGACGCAGAAGUCCGAGAUACAGUCCGCGGAGAUAAUGACGUAGACCGCGAGGAGAGAGGAACUACGCCGUUGUUAUCGAAGGUCGACGAUCUGAUACACAAAGUAUUUAAAUCCAAUCCGGAGCAAGCACAAAUCAAGGCGUGGAUGAAGUCUCGAGUGCACCCUCAAGCGAUUUUUGAUACUUUGCGUCUAGCAAAGAGUACGACGAAACUGAACGAUGACCCGAAUCUUCUCCUUUGGCUCAAGCUCGUUGCUGCUUUUAGAGCUAAGAAUGGUAACCAGGCGUUUUCGGAUCUGGAUCUUUACUACUUGCUACUGAAGAGAAGCAGUGGCGAAGAGCUGAAAAUACUUAUUGAGUCUUUUCGGAAGACUGGAGCCUUAAAGGAGCUAGGCAAAAGUAUGCAGAAAUCGCUAUCUGGUUCGUGGGUGUCAAAAACCUUACAGCACGAAACAGAUCCAAAAAUUGUUUACGAUACAUUACGUCUUCAAGAGGCUGGCACGAAACUGGUCGAUUCGCCAAUCUUUCAUCAGUGGCUGGCCUACGCGCAGCAGUAUCGGGCGCAGAAGGGGAAUCACUGGUUCGGAGACGACGAUAUGCUCGACCUGUUUCGAAAAACCAUGCCGGAAAAAGACGUGGUAACGCUUCUGCAUUUGCUUCGAAACGUCCCGGGCAUGAAAGAUCAUGGCGAUACGAUGCAGCGGUUCUUGUUUUUAUCGUCUAAAACCAGCCGAAAAAUGAUGCACGACGUGUGGCUGAACUACGACGUAACGCCCGAACAAGUUUUCAAGAUUUUACGCUUGGUAAAGGUCAAUAUGGACGCUGUGGAUACGAACGCAAUGUUUAUACAUUGGCUUAGGUACGUCAACUUGUACAGGAGCCACACAAAAAAGAACGUUUUAUCCAGCGUACAAAUGGUGCAUUUCCUUGCGGACACCAAACCGUUGCGGUCAGAGUGGCAAUUUGCCACAUUUUUUGAAUCGCUCAAGGACGUCCCUGAUUUGAAGAGGCUGGCUGAAAACAUGCAAACUUACCUAUUCCAAAACUGGCUGCACACGGAGUGGGACCCGAAGGCUGUGUCGAGUAUGCUGGCCAUUCCUUUUCCUACGAGUGCUGUGUAUCUGCCGAAGAACGAUCCCAUUUACAAGACUUGGGUGGCGUACACCCUUUACUAUACAGAGAGGAAGGGCGGGGUGUCGUUGCUAAAUAAAGUGAAGACACUGCUCGACAACGACAACCCUAUCGGCGCACUUACCGCAGCUAUGAAAGCUCAGUGA